GCCAAAACCACACCAACCCACGCCAGUCAAUGAUUCGCAUACCCGCAAUUGGCAACUGCUGCUGCCCCUCCUUUCCCUCCUCCCCUUGUGAAAUCGCAGCAGGCACGCCUGCUUGUGGGAGGAAGGAGGCAGCAGGUCAACAUGUAGGCCAUGCGCAAGAGUGAAUCUCCCCCGUCUUGUUUUUGGCGGUCGGGACACCACCACCACCACGGCCCAACCAACCCAAAUGGCCUCGACCACCCCAACCGUCGACGAGCCUGUUGAAGCAGGCUCAAACAUGCCGCCCCAGUCGCCCAACUCCGUCCGCAUCCCCAACACCAGAAGAAUCACCGACAUGCCCCAGCUCGGCCUGGGGACCUACCUCACCUUGCCCGAGUGGACCUUCUGGGCUUGCACCUCCGCCCUCAACGCCGGCUACCGCCACAUCGACACGGCGCAGUACUACGGCAACGAGGCACAGGUGGGCGAGGCCAUACGCAAGUCCUGGCUCAACAGGCAGGACAUCUUCGUCACCACCAAGAUCCUCGAGCCGGGGGACACACCUGAGGCCACCUACAACAAGUGCAUCGAGAGCGUCAAAAAGAUUGACCAGUGCGGCCGGUGCGGCCGGUGCGGCUGGGUCGACUGCUUCCUGAUCCACUCGCCCAACGUCGACGACGCAAAGACGAAGGAGAUGUGGCUCGCCCUCGAGAGGCUGUACAACGAGGGCAAGGCCAGGGCCAUCGGGGUCAGUAAUUUUGGCAAGGGGCAAAUCGAGGGUCUCAAGGGCGUCGGCAACGUCUGGCCGCCGCACGUGAAUCAGAUCGAGCUACACCCAUGGCACCAGCAGCGCGAGAUCGUCCAGUACUGCCGCGACAACGGCAUCGUCGUGCAGGCCUACUCCCCCCUCGCCAGGAACGAAAAGGCCGGCAACCGAACCCUCUGCGACAUCGCGGCGCGCAACGGCGUCCUGCCCAGCCAGGUCCUGGUCCGGUGGUCCGUGCAGAAGGGCUGGGUGUCGCUGCCCAAGAGUCACCACCCCGGCCGCAUCCGCGAGAACGGCGACGUCUUCGGCUUCGAGCUGAGCCCCGAGGACGAGGCGCUGCUGGACGGGCUGGACCAGGGCGCUGCGGGCUGCCUUGUGCAUACUGUGGUUAAUGAGUGAAUGACUGACUUUUUUCGGGGUUGUGUGGUCUGGUCCAGGGACUACUUAUUGGCGUGUUAUUACCCAGCGGGCGUGAAGGUAUGUCGUAAACAAGCAUGGCUACCCUGUGUUGGUUUGUUUGUACGAGGUCUCGCCAAGCCAACAGUAUCGGGAUUCAGCAUGGGAAAUACCAUUUACAAGUCAGAAGAGUAAGACUUGCAUAGAUAGCGAAGGGCAAAAACAGCACAGCGGUGGGCGUCGGUGAUAUCGGUCGCUCGGCGGAGAGCAUGAUUACAUGUAUCGUAAUCAUGGCCAGUGGGUUCAGGAAAGCACCGGGCUCACGCACCACAGCGCGUUUCUUGGUCUGUUUCAAUAUCAGGGGUUAGAUGAAGGUGACCCGCCGGGUAUUGGUAGGCUUUGUUAGAGGUCAGAAGGCGCCGGACUCAUCGCCACAUAAAUAAUCGUAUCGCUGCUCAUGAACAUG